CCUGAUAAAAAUAACAAAAGUAUACAGCGCUUCAUUUUACAAAUGCGAGAUAAACACACCUGUGAAGAGGCAACUGCCAAACGGCUCAUAAAAAAAGGACUAACAUCCAAGUCUUAUAUUUAUGAAAUCUCAGAACCAGGCGAGCGAUUUGAAUAUGUUAUAGUUGAGAAUGAUUCAUCAGAGAGGAUGGGUGACAAAAUGGAAUACUCAGAAGUGGUAAGAUAUCUUGAUAAGAAGAUUAAUGUUAACUAUUAUCUGAAAACUGUUGUUGGCCUCUAUAUACGAUUUAUAAACUAUAAUGAUAGUUAUCAGCUAUAA